AUGGCAGCCACCAAGUCCACAGAGAGGGACGGUGUUCCACCCAAUGACAUCACAGAGUUGGUGAAUGUCAAUACCACUGAGAACGACCAUGAUGAAAUACCAGAAGAUCAUCAUACAACACGUGGCCAGUGGUCGUCUCAAGUGGACUAUCUUAUGUCUAUGAUUGGCUACUGUGUGGGAUUUGGUAAUCUGUGGAGAUUUCCGUACCUCUGCAACAGGAAUGGUGGGGGUGCCUUCCUAAUUCCAUUCCUAAUACUCCUCGUGUCAACAACAUUGCCGUUGAUGUACCUGGAAUCAUAUCUGGGACAGUUCUCUGGAAAAGGAACCUUCAAGGUGUGGAAUUUUUGUCCUCUCCUCAAAGGUAUUGGCAUUGGGAUCUUGAUACAAUUGGUUCUUUGCCUACCCUAUUAUCAAAUCCUUCUGGCCUGGCCUAUCUACUACAUGGUGAAGUCCUGCUCCAGUGUCCUGCCCUGGACAACCUGUGGUAACUGGUGGAACACAGAGCUAUGUGUUGAGGACAUCUCUGUUUUCAAGUCUUCUUUCACACACUCUUCUGGAUUCAAGAACUCAACUGAUGUGGGCAACAGUAAUGGCACUGUCAAUAACAUUAAAGACUUAUGGAGGAACAAGACUUUGGCUCACUCUGCUGUCGAGGAAUUCUAUCAGUACAACGUCCUGAGAAUUUCAAGUGGAAUACACGAAGUUGGCUCAAUUCAGUGGCAUAUUCUUGGGUGUUUGUUUGCUUCGUACAUUAUUAUUUUUCUCUGUCUUUUUCGUGGAGUCAAAGCUACAGGGAAGUGUAUUUGUCUGCACAUUCACUCUUAUCUUUUACAGGUGGUGUAUGUGACAGCACUGUUGCCCUACAUUCUACUGACAGCGAUCAUCAUCAGGACAAGCAUGUUACCCGGUGCUGUUGAUGGCAUGUUAUAUUACAUGAGUCCCGAUUUUAGCAAACUCCUUGAAAUUCAGGUCUGGUUAGAAGCUUGCAUCCAGGUGUUUUACAGUCUUGGUCCAGGCUGGGGUAUAAUCAUGACAGCAUCCAGCUACAACAAGUUCAAUGAACCGACAUUGAGGGACAGCAUAAUCUUAUGCCUAACGUCAGAAGGCACAAGCAUUUUUGCAGGAUUUGUCACCUUCUCUGUCCUUGGCGUUAUGGCCAGAAGAUUCGGUGUCCCAAUUUCGGAGGUUGUAUCAUCAGGUCCAGGACUGUUGUUUGUUGCCUACCCAGAAGCCCUUUCCUAUCUUCCACUGCCGCAGAUGUGGUCGUUUCUCUUUUUUCUGAUGCUACUAACUGUUGGUCUAGACAGCCAGGCGAGCUCUUGA